AUGAUCCUGCCAUCGCCCUCCCCAACCGACCCGGCCUGGAAAGCACCAUCCAUGGCGGCAUCAGCCCAGACUGGCCAGUUGUCGCCGGUGAGCUCCGGCCUUGACCUGUCCAUGGAUGGCUCUUCUGCGCCGACGACGGCACAUUCGGCCUCGUCGUCCUGCACGGACUCAUGGAGUAUUGGAUAUGCGGAUCAAGACGACGGCGAUGACGAUGCCCACUGGGAUCACUUGGACCGUGUUCCGGAAGAUGCGCGAGCCAUCCCCAAGCUGGAGCCCACGGACGAUGAUGUCAACCUGAGUGAGGUGAAGCUAGCCCCAUGCACGGCAUCUGCAUUACGGAGCCCGGUCUCCAGCGGCUCUCAAGCGAAGCACAAGCGGCCGCGGGGGCGACCGAGGAAGAACUCGUUGACCACCCCGACGGUCAGCGCGACCAAGGUGACCAAGGGGCGCUCCAAGACGGGAUGCAUCACCUGUAGGAAGAGGAAGAAGAAGUGCGACGAGGCUAAGCCGCGAUGUAUGAACUGUGAGAAGAACGCUGUGGUAUGCGAAGGAUAUCACGAGAAGCAACUGUGGAGGAGCGGAAAGGAAAGGGCGGAAGAGGAGGCAGAACGACUGAGGCUCGAGUCCUUACCCACCAUUACCUUGCAACCAAUAUUCAAGGGUGUGGAGACGAAGGAGGACUGGAUAUUCUGGCGGCACUACGUCAACCACUUCAGCAACGUUUUGACCGUCGAGGGUGAAGCCAAAAACGCCUUCAAGGACGUCAUUCUGCAGCUUGCCAACCAGCACCAGGGACUGAUGCACUCGGUGCUCGCUUUGAGCAGCAAACACAUUGACUUUGGCUCGCCCUACGGCGUCAGGAUUCUCCAGGGCAACCCGGGCACAAGCCGGGAGUCCUUGCAGCAGCGGGCAGAAUUCCACCACGGCGAAGCCCUGAAGCGGCUUUGCGAGGACAUUGGGAAGUCGAUUGGCAAAGACGACCCCGAGUACCAGACCGUGCUCGCUGCCAGGUACGGGCAGAUACUUUGCCUCCUCCUCCGGACUCGAGCCGAUGGCAAUCCGCGAGGCGAGCACAGACUUCACCUACAGGCUUACCAAAGCCUCAUUCAGCAGUCACCACCCGAGGACACAGCUUUCUAUACGUUUAUCACCGAGUUUUUCCAAUACCACGUCUACGCCGACGACCUAUUCUGGCACCCAGAGUCCUUGACCAAGCGAUUGUCGUCUGAGAGCUGGCAGCCGUCGGUGCCCAUCGAAGCGCCUCGCCUGCUCGGGGUCGCCGAUGGCCUGUUCAAGCAUCUCUCGCAGAUCACCAACAUUCGAAACACGAUCCGGGCCAACAUGGAUGCUUCGGUAGUCCCUCUCGUGGACUACAUCACCCUGUUCCAAGCCGUCGACAUUGACGCCGCUAUCAGAGAGUGGUCUCCCCGAUGGCCGCCGGGGGAUAGUCGGGAUCGAGUGGCGCCGCUGUACAAGCAAAUGAUGUGGGUUUAUCUCUUCCGGACCAUAUAUCCGCCGUCGACAAACCUGCCGCGACGCUCGACGCUGGGGGCUCUGCCGGUGGCGCCGCCAACGUCGUCGGCACCACAGCGGCGCGCCUCGAUGGCGGCCAGCGUGAGGUUCAGAGCCGUCGCCGCGCCCAACGCGACUGUCGGCGGCUCGCCUCGAGGUUCCCCGUUGGCUAAGAUCUCUCCGCCGCCUCGUAAGCCCUCACGGACGAGCUCGAUGCAUGAGCUGGACUCGCGAGCGGCAGCCGGCCCGGCUCCAGCAUGUGGCAGCCCUGGUCCUCCAUCUCCACCCCCGACACGAUGCCCGACGCACGACGAUGGGCGCAUCACGCUCGCCGUGGAAGAAUCGCUCUCCAUCCUGGAGUCUUUCAAGCCGUCGGAUCCAUCUCAAACCCUGCUCCUGAUGCCCUGCCUGAUCAUCGGCACGUCGUGUUUCGAGCCGGCGCAGCGCAACCGCAUUCGCACUGCAGUCAGGCUUGUCCGCGGCUACACGGGCCUGCGCAACUGUGACCGUGUCAGGGAGGUCCUGGAGAAGGUGUGGGCGCUGAUGGACGAGGGCGACUGGGUCUCGGUUUGGGACUGGCAAGGCGUGGCGAGACGGAUGGGUCUAGAUUUCCUCUGCGCUUGA